AUGCGACCUGAGUCACUCAAUGUCUACCAAUUGAAGGGGAAGUAUGCUAGGAAGGUGGAAGGGUUGGAUGGUGUGGUUGACAUUGUUGGAACGGGUGGUGAUGGUGAAAACACAGUGAACAUUUCUACUGGUGCUUCAAUACUUGCUGCGGCUUGUGGUGCAAAAGUUGCUAAGCAUGGAAGUCAUUCUAGCUCUUGUGCAUUUGGAAGUGUUGAUGUGUUAGAAGCUUUAGGUGUAGUUCUUGACUUUGGACUGGAGGAUGUAACAAGGUGUGUAAAUGAGGCAGGGAUUGGUUUCAUGAUGUCUCCAAAGUAUCAUCCAGUAUUGAAUAUUGUUAGGCCAGGGAGGAAAACGCUGAGAGUAAAAACUUUAUUGAAUAUUUUGGGCCCUAUGUUGAAUCCUACACAGGUGCCUUUUGCUGUGGUUGGUGUAUACACUGAAGACUUGGUACUCAAAAUUGCCAACGUGUUUCAACGGUUUGGCAUGAAAAGAGCUUUAGUUGUUCACUUAGAGGGCUUAGAUGAGAUGAGUCCCCUUGAAUGAUCCGAAU